AUGAUCAAUGGUCUUAUAACGGACAAUGAAAUUUCAGUAAACGACGUCAUUAGACAAGUUCUUCGUGGAAACGCCUCGUCAACGACGUCAUCAGACGGUUCGCGUUUAAGUAAUCCACACGAUAGUAAAAUGACAGCAAUGGCAACCACAACCGUGUCCUCAGCAAGUUCCUCUACCUCAAAACCAUCCACAAUGGCACCGGUGACCACUAAUGUCUGGCAACAAAGAAUGGCUGCACGUCAACGUGAACAACAGCAGCAACUAGCGAUGAGUUCUAGCAACACCACAAAGGAAAACUCGCUACCGAACAGUUCGACGGAUAGCUUCUCUACAGCUUCUACGGUCACCACAACAACGCCGUCACUGUUGAGAAGUUCGUCACUCUUCUGCACAGUGCCUGCAUCUGCGAAAAACUCAUCGUUUUCUACAGGGUCCGCUGCUCCCUUCCUCAAGUCAGAAGGUCCAUCUGCUAGCACAGCCGUCCCGGCUCCGAUAGGUCCACCGAGCUCAUCGAUUUCUUUCGAUAAAGAGCUGCCCAGGAAAGCACCAGGAUACAGAUCGCCUAGUACUCAGACCUCCAGUUCAUCUGUGCCGGUUGAACCAGCUAUCAUCUCGUCGGUUGCAUCAUCAGUAUCGUCCACGCCUCCGCCUGCACCUAUAGGGUCCGACUCAUCGACACGUUGUAAGAUGAAUUCACCUCCAGUUCCAAUAGCUCCUCCACCAGGAUUCACUUCGCUUGCUUCUGAAGUCUCGAAAUCCACAUCUAUCAAAGCUACAGUAAGUCCACUGUCGACGCCAUCUGUGGAACCGCCUGCAGUCGACGUAAUUACGUCCCCAUUGAAUGAUAUCGCCACAUCAACUGUUUCUGUCGUAGGAAAGCUUUCCAAUACGGAUUCUCUCACUACUCCUACAGGUACUGGAAAUGACCUCUCAUCCAUGCAAUUCUUGGAUGAAACCACUCGCGCUAAACUUGCUGAGAUUUGGGGAACAGGGAACAAGCAGGACCAGUCCUCUCAGGAACAAGCUUGGGGUAAUCAAGUGCUGCUGAACAACUUUGCUAAUCUUAACAUCCGAAGCUCGUCAACUGAUUGGGCCACUCCCUCACAUGACAACCUCUUCAUGAGUUCAACUCCAUCCAAGGUAACAAGUGUCUCCUCAAACCAUCAAAACACCUCCGCUCAUCAAACCGGAACGACAUUUGCGACGAGCUCAUCAAGCAGCGACUGGCCUGUUUCUUCAACGAAGUCGAUGCCUUUAUAUGCAAGACCACAGGCACGUAUUCCUACCGUACCUUCCGUUCCUUCGCAUCCAUUGAGCAGCUCGUCGUCCACCUCGUCCACUGUACCCCGCCAAUACAAUUCUAGCUCAAGUCAACCGGAAAAUAAUAUGCUAUUCAAUCAGCUGGCCGCUCAACUGCUCAUACAGCAGCAAGGAGUCGCUUCAACACCGGUGCCGCCAGCCCAGUCGUACUAUCCCUCCCCCUCGUAUACCGACCCAGCUAUCAUUGGAAUGGGUCAUUUGUCUACUCCGACGACUGGCAGUGGUGCAGGCGCUACUUCAUCGGUUCCACAGAAAUCGGCUUACAGUAAUCCCUACCAGGUAUGUCAUUUUGUCACCGCUAUCUUGUUUGUUGUGGUUUGA